GGUACUACGCCCCUCCCUCUUGCUGGAAACUUCCUCCGUCGAGGUGCAUUGUGGGAGCUUCCGACCGGCUUGAGCGUAGCGACAGAGCCGACAAGAUGAUGCCCACACCAGUGAUCCUGCUGAAAGAGGGGACGGACACCUCCCAGGGCGUCCCCCAGCUCGUCAGCAACAUCAACGCCUGCCAGGUCAUCUCCGAGGCCGUGCGCACCACCCUGGGGCCACGCGGCAUGGACAAGCUCAUGGUGGACAGCAGAGGGAAAGCUACCAUCUCCAAUGACGGCGCCACCAUUCUGAAGCUCCUGGAUGUGGUUCACCCAGCCGCCAAGACCCUGGUGGACAUCGCCAAGUCCCAGGAUGCCGAGGUGGGCGACGGCACGACCUCUGUGACCCUGCUGGCAGCGGAGUUCCUGAAGCAGGUGAAGUCCUACGUGGAGGAGGGGCUGCACCCCCAGAUCAUCAUCCGUGCCUUCCGCACCGCCACCCAGCUGGCUGUGAAAAAGACCGAAGAAAUCGCCGUCACUGUGAAGAAAGAUGAUAAGCAGGAGCAGAGGAGCUUGCUGGAGAAGUGCGCCUCCACCGCGCUGAACUCCAAGCUGAUCGCCAUCCAGAAGGAGUUCUUCUCCAAGAUGGUGGUGGACGCCGUGAUGCUGCUGGACGACCUUCUGCCCCUGAAAAUGAUCGGUGUGAAGAAGGUGCAGGGGGGUGCUCUCGAGGAAUCCCAGCUGGUGUCGGGGGUGGCCUUCAAGAAGACCUUCUCCUAUGCGGGGUUCGAGAUGCAGCCCAAGAAGUACGAGAACCCCCGGAUUGCCCUGCUCAACAUCGAGCUGGAGCUGAAGGCCGAGAAGGACAACGCCGAGGUCCGGGUGAACUCCGUGGAGGACUACCAGGCCAUCGUGGAUGCGGAGUGGAGCAUCCUCUACGACAAGCUGGAGAAGAUCUACAAGUCCGGGGCCAAGGUGGUGCUGUCCAAGCUGCCCAUCGGCGACGUGGCCACGCAGUACUUUGCCGAUCGGGACCUGUUCUGCGCCGGGAGAGUGCUAGAGGAGGACCUCAAGAGGACCAUGAUGGCCUGCGGGGGCUCCAUUCAGACCAGCGUUGGGGCGCUGACGGAAGACGUCCUGGGACAGUGCGCGCUGUUCGAAGAGGUCCAGGUCGGAGGGGAGAGGUAUAACUUCUUCCGGGGCUGUCCCAAGGCCAGGACCUGCACCAUCAUCCUGCGGGGAGGCGCCGAGCAGUUCAUGGAAGAGACGGAGCGCUCGCUGCACGACGCCAUCAUGAUCGUCCGGAGAGCCAUCAAGAACGACUCCAUAGUGGCCGGAGGCGGCGCCAUCGAGAUGGAGCUGUCCAAGUACCUGCGCGACUACUCCCGCACCAUCCCGGGGAAGCAGCAGCUGCUGAUCGGCGCCUACGCCAAGGCCCUGGAGAUCAUCCCGCGCCAGCUGUGCGACAACGCUGGCUUCGACGCCACCAACAUCCUCAACAAGCUGCGGGCCAAGCACGCGCAGGGCGGGAUGUGGUACGGGGUGGACGUGAACAACGAGGACAUCGCGGACAACUUCCAGGCCUGCGUGUGGGAGCCCUCCAUCGUCCGCAUCAACGCCCUGACCGCCGCCUCCGAGGCCGCCUGCCUCAUCCUGUCCGUGGACGAGACCAUCAAGAACCCGCGCUCCACCGUCGACGCCAUGCCGGCCGGGAGAGGCAGGGGCCGGGGCAGGCCGCACGCCCACUAGGGGGCAGCGUCCUGCGCGGCGGCGGGAGCUUUGCCGCUGGUGCUUUUGAAACACGGUUGCGGGAUCUUCUCAGCGCACAGACUCUCUCACUGCGGACAGUUAAUGGGAUGGGAUCAGUCCCCCUUGUACAAAAACCCCCUCACUGUAAAAGUUGUGCUGGCCUGGCUGUAUUUGUGUUUUUUCUGAUUUUGAAAAGCUGGCGUUGAUCAAAGUAAACGUAUUAAAUUCAAGUGAGACUUCACUAAUAAUCAGUCUGAUUUAGACAAGUUUCAUUUUUAAUACUUAAUAUUUUCCAUUUCUCCUGAAUGCACUAGGGCGGCUAGUUUAAUGAAAUGCACUGUGUAAAACAAAAUAAGGCUUUUCCACCUUCCUUGCAGCAGUACAACCCCCUUCCUCUUACUCUAUAAUGUGUACAAGAGCUGUUUUGUUUUUCUUGGCUGUCUUAUCUGAGAGAAAUUGUUUGUGACAAGACCCUGCUUUGCAAGUUUGAAAGCUUUUGGUGAAGAGGAAUGGCUGUGUAUAACCCACAUUCGCAGAUCGUACUGGUGUGGACCAGCUCGAAAGAUGAGAAUGUGCUGCAGAGCCCAGGCCAUCUACUUUCCACCCACCUUCUGUAACUAUUUAUUGGAAUUUUUGGGGAAUUGAUCAUUUUGCAGAUGAACAAGUAAAGGAGUUAAAUCGGA